AUGGUCUGGGGAGGCAACGACGGAGCUGUAGAUCGAUGGGUUAAGCAGCUCGAAGAGAACGAUCCAAAGCUAGUCUCAUUACACAUUCUCAGCUUUCGCCGUAUUUCCGCAGCAGAACUUGGCCGUAUCUUUCGCGCUAUCAGUGCCAAUACCACCUUGCGCGAUCUUUACGUUUCGGGCCAUGCUCUCGAUGCCACAUGUAUGGACCAACUCAGUGAAUCAUUGACACUAAAUGACACUUUACGCACACUCAAUCUCGGAAAUACCAGCUUUGGUUUAGACACUGAUGUGUUUGGGUUAUUUUGCGAGGGCUUGGCUGCGAAUGAAGGUCUACGAAAGCUCGAUUUGGAAAACAAAGGACUCAAGCAUACUACGGUUCAUCUGUUGGCCGAAGCACUAGCAAAGAACAAACAUCUUGAAGAAUUGAAUGUAUCUCGCAAUGAGUUGGACAACGAAGCUGUGGAAAUUUUGGCUCCUUCUUUGACAGGAUUGAAAAAGAUCAAUUUGGCCAUCAACAACAUUGGCGCUGCCGGUGCCAAGGUCAUUGCCAAACAAGUAUUAGCUCCUCUGAGCCAAGUGCAGGAAUUGGAACUCUCUGACAAUCCGUUGUUGGACGGUGCCAGUGCACUGGCAGCUGCUUUGAAGAAUAAUCAUCAUUUGCGUGUACUCAAGAUGGUGGAUGUAGUCAGUAAUGAACAAGACUUGACCACUUUGCCUCCUCCCGCCUUGGGUGAUGGCAUGGAGGGUGGUAAAUUAGAGGACGAAGAAGAGCAAAAGAAGAAGAAGAAUGCAGAUCAAACUCGUUCUUUACAUGGUAACGCAUUGGCAGAGUCUAUUGGACAAGCACUCGACAUCAACACUACUUUAACCCAUCUUUGGUUGGAUAACAAUGCAAUCGAAUCAAGCUCAUUGAACCAUUUGGUUGGCAACCUAGCGAAGAGUGGUCUUUUGGAACUCAAAUUACGCCAAAACCGUCUCGACGAUGAAGCAGCAUUGGCCUUAGCGGGUGCUAUUGAUGGAUUACACCAUUUGGAGUUGGGUGAAAACAGAAUCAGUGCCAAGGGAUUCGGAGCCCUGUUAGAUACCCAGUUGGACUAUCUUGGAUUAUUCAGUAACACUGUGAGCGGAUUCGGAUCAGAUCCCAGUGCAUUGCCAGAUCUUUUGUCAAGCAAGAUUCGUCGAUUAGACAUUGGGUGCAAUGGCAUUAUCCAUCAAGACGUGGAGGCUAUUGUACACAUUUUGCUCAACAAGGGAGUGCCUGAACUGAGCUUGCUAGAAAUGGGUGGUAAUGUCGAAGAUAAGGAAAUUGAGAAAUGGGAAGCUACCAUGGAAAGAUUGUUAUCUGAGAGAGAAAAGUUGGAAGUUAUCUGGAAGAGAAAACCAAGUCAGAUGGAUGAUUCUCGUCCACCCCCACCACCAAUGAUGUAA